GACGGCGAUUUACCUGGGUGGCCACCUCCCUCCCUCUUUCCUUUCUUCCUUCCUUCCCGGAGCCGGUGGUUUCGGCGGAGAGGGAGUGGAGCCCGCCUGGCCCCUCCCCGGAGAAACUUUCCGCCGCCACCCGCGCCAGGGCGACCCUUGGGCUGCGUUGAUCGCAAACUUCUGGGAGAGAGAGGACCCAUUCUUCGCGCAGGGCUGUGUGAGCGGUCAGGUGCCGAGCGGAAAGCUGAAUGCUGCUGAAAGCUGAAGAAAAUUGAAGUCUAGAUUCUUGACCAAAUGGAAGAACUGCCAGAGACAAUUUUUCCUUGCUGACCUGUUGACAUGCUUUAAUUGCAGAUUUCUGUGGGUACCAAAGCCCAGGACACAGUAUCAAUCUCAUCACGAUGCCUGAACAUCUGUAGCUCACUGGAGGAUUUUAAAAAGAAAUUCAGCAUGACCUAGUUGGCUUGACCCGUGGAAAUUUUAUAAUGUCCUCUGGAACAAGUAUCAGCAGAAACAGGCAGGCUCCCAGCCUGCAGGGUGUUGAUCCAGAAACAUGCAUGAUAGUGUUUAGAACACAUUGGGCACAGGUUCUGAAAAUCUUAGAGAAGCAUGAUCCUUUGAAAAAUACUCAGGCAAAAUAUGGGGCCAUCUCACCUGAUGAGGCCAGCACUGUCCAGAAUUAUGUGGAGCACAUGCUUUUCUUAUUAAUUGAGGAGCAAGCAAAGGAUGCCUCGAUGGGGCCUAUUCUGGAGUUUGUGGUCUCAGAAAACAUCAUGGAGAAACUUUUCCUUUGGAGCCUACGGCGAGAGUUCACCGAUGAGACAAAAAUUGAGCAACUCAAAAUGUAUGAAAUGCUUGUAACCCAGUCUCAUCAGCCUUUGCUGCAUCACAAGCCCAUUUUGAAGCCUUUGAUGAUGUUGCUGAGCUCCUGCUCAGGAACAACCACUCCAACAGUGGAAACAGAGUUGGUUGUACUCUUGAACCAGCUCUGCUCUAUAAUAGCCAAAGAUCCCUCCAUUUUAGAACUGUUUUUCCACACUAGUGAGGACCAAGGAGCUGCCAAUUUCCUUAUUUUUUCCCUGCUGAUCCCCUUCAUCCAUCGAGAAGGAACAGUAGGCCAGCAGGCCCGGGAUGCGCUGCUUUUUAUUAUGUCUCUGUCUGCAGAAAACAACCUUGUUGCAAACCACAUAGCAGAAAACACCUACUUUUGCCCAGUGCUAGCAACAGGACUAAGUGGCCUCUAUUCAUCUUUGCCUACAAAGCUGGAAGAAAAAGGAGAAGAAUGGCACUGUCUGAUGAAAGAUGACUGGCUUUUGUCACCAGCCCUUGUACAAUUCAUGAAUUCCCUUGAAUUUUGCAAUGCUGUGAUACAGGUGGCGCAUCCCUUGAUACGCAACCAGCUUGUGAAUUACAUUUACAAUGGAUUUUUGGUGCCAGUAAUGGCUCCUGCGCUCCAUAAGGUGACUGUGGAGGAAGUGAUGACUACGACUGCGUACCUGGAUCUCUUCUUGCGCAGCGUUUCAGAGCCAGCCCUCCUCAAGAUUUUCCUCCGCUUUAUUUUGCUGCACCGACAUGAGAAUGUUCAUAUCCUGGAUACACUUACCAGCAGAAUCAACACACCAUUCCGGCUCUGUGUGGUGUCCUUGGCGUUGUUCAGAACGCUCAUUGGCUUGCAUUGUGAAGAUGUGAUGUUACAGCUGGUUUUAAGGUAUCUGAUCCCAUGCAACCACAUGAUGCUGAGCCAGCGUCGUGCUGUGAAAGAGAGAGACUGUUACUCUGUAUCUGCUGCAAAACUGCUGGCCCUGACGCCUCUCUGCUGCUCCACUGGAAUCACUUUGACGCUUGAAAGCCAAGGAAAAGACUAUAUUCUCUGGACAAAACCAGCACAAACGAAAGAUCCUGGUAGAUGCUCUUCUGAAUCUGUUUGCAUUGUGGAAUAUGGAAGGGCUGUGGACAUCAGCUACUUGCAGUACCUGGGGGAAGCUCAAGAAGCCAUCAUCCAGUGCAUGAAAGAUUGUAAGGUUUGGUCUGCCUUGUAUGAUGGGGUAAAUCCUGAUCCAGACACCUUUAUCCAGACUCUUGCGGAGGAGAACAGUACGGAUGUGGAGCACCCCAUGUUUCGGCUCCAGCAAAGGACACCUAGCACGUGUAGCUCUGCUCGAGCAACUCCAUUCAGUGAGAAGACACAGCUGGAGCUAGAAUGGGAUGAUAGCUAUGACACAGGGAUUUCUCCUGGUUCUAACGUGAGCUCGCCACAACCGUAUGAUGAUCUGGGAAGCACAGAAAUGCAGCCACCUGCAGAGCCGCCAAAACACAUUCAAGAAAUGAAAAAAAAUGCCAUUAUGCUCAUCAAAGGCUCUUACAUAGAGGAGUCAGACUUUCAGGAUGAUGUUAUGGUUUACAGGUUAUGUGCCCAGAAGGAUACUCAAGAUGAUGACAGCUCCAAGGAGAAAGCUUUAAAUGUAGCCAGAGAACACAAGGUGCAGAGCCAGACCGUAGUCAAUGGGUCUCUUGCAAAGACCCAGCUGGAAAUGGACUUGGAUGAGCACAGUAAGAGAAAUUCAAGCUCAACUAAAGGUGUAAUGAGAGAACAAAUAAACCAGAAAAUGACUGAGAUUGAUCCACAGCCAGACUUAGAGUUAAAGAUUUCUUCUCAGGAGGCAGAUUGUAACUUAAGUGUAAAACUGCUGAGCACAGAUGGUGAGGAUUUCAUUGCACAGUAUGACAGAAUUAUUAAGGAACUGGUUCCAAACAGUGCAAGCAUGGAGGAGCAGAAGUUGGAUGCUCCUGAUCCUGUCUCUCCAGCAGAAGAAGAGGAGGACUUUGAGAAUUUCUCAGCAGAUACCCCUUCUGCAGAGAGCAUAUCACCUCCCUUUGGACCAAAGGAGGAUGUCUCUCCCAAGCACUCUCCAAGGAGCCAGAGUGCUCCAUUUACAGGACCGUUCAUCAGCGUAGUGUUGUCGAAGUUGGAGAACAUGCUGGAGAAUUCCUUGCAUGUAAAUUUGCUGCUUAUUGGGAUUAUUACUGAGCUGGCAAGUUAUCCACAGCCGCUUCUUCGCUCCUUCCUGCUCAACACCAACAUGGUGUUUCAGCCUAGCGUGCGCUCACUCUAUCAGGUGCUGGCAUCGGUGAAAAAUAAGAUUGAACAUUUUGCUUCCAUUGAAAAAGACUUCCCAGGUCUUCUCUUGGAGGCCCAACAGUACCUGCUUUUUCGUGUGGACAUGUCUGAUGCUGCAGAAGAAUUGCUCACCAAAGGUAAUGUCCAUCACAGCAGCAACCCAGGGAAAGGAAGGAAUCUUUCUGAAGCUUACCCAGCUGUACUGCAGCCUUUCCUGGGACAGAAAGGAAAGAAAAGUCUGGCUCAUCCCAGCCUUCCUGCGCACGUGAGGAAUGCCGUACUUGCAGCUGCCCUUUUCCCAGAGUUCCUGAAGGAGCUGGCAGCUCUAGCCCAGGAACAUUCCAUUUUAUGUUAAAAAAUACUGGGGGAUUUUGAAGAUUAUUAUUAGUGGGUUUUUAAAAUGUGUUUUGGAAAAGCUUUUGGAGUUUAAACAGAUUUUUUAAUGCAAAGCUGCUUUCAAAAGAAGGUUGUACUUCAAUAUUUCCUGAAAAUACUUGAUUUGGAGGGGGAAGAAGGAGGCAAAAUAUUAUUCCAGUUAGGCCUUAUAAUUUCCCUCUGUGCUACAUAACUUAUUUGAGAUUUCUGAUACUGCUCUUACUGCAGCUUCCUUCUUCCUCCCUUCCUCGUUACACAGCCACCCUUCUUCAGUGUCACUAAUUCCUGUUGAAUUUCUGCAAUGGACACUUGUUGGCUGGCUAAGAGACACAAACACGUUAACUGUUUCUGUUCCAGAAAUACUCUUCUGGAUAACUUGUUAGGAGACAAGUUUGCUUGAAAAAACAUUGCCCCAUGGGGAAAGUUCACAGUAUAAAAAGACAUGCAAAAUCUGCACAAAACCCUGAAGGGGUCAUGUGAAGGGCUGUGUUUCUUGAUGUCAUUGUCCUCUUUGCCUCUUCCCUUGCUUCACCCUGAAGCCAGGUUCUUACUGAUCCGCAUCCAAAACCCCCAUUUUAACUACUGGCUCAGGUUUUCUGAAUUCAAGUGAUCUUAUGUGUAGUAAACCCACAAGUAGCUGAAAGCAGGUGCUGGGCCCUACACAUACCAUAUUGCCUUAUGUUGCAGACAGAUCUGCAGCUAUCAGCUGUUGGGCUUUGAAGUCCAGUGAAGUGUGUAAGUGGAUGUGGAUUGCAGACUGCCUGGAAUUUUCCUUGCGGUUCCUCGGCAUUCCGUGAUAACUCUUGCAUUGCUACCUAAGCCCGCAAGCAUGCCUUAUUUAGUGAGAUUUGCACAAAGUACAAAACAAAAUGUUUCUAUGCAAGCUGUUAUUAGUGUCUAGUUUAUUUGUAUGCUUGUUUUAAUAAGCUAAAGAAAGAUACUCCGUAUUUUUCUGUAGUGUUAAAUGGACAGCAGGCUGGUUUUGUCUUUUUUUGUCUUUUUUAUUAAAUGAAAAAGGUUAGCUUGCUCAUAAAAGGUGUACUGUUUUAUUGUUAAUUUCUUUUGGUUAAGGGAAAGUUAAAUACUGUUUGUUUACUUUUAAUUCAGGUGUUGACUUUUCCUAAUAUUGUAUUUCUGGGAUGGUGAGGGGAAGACCAGGCUAUUCACCAGCUGCAGAAAAGGAAGGAGUAAUGGGGAAAGCUGUCUGCUGGUGACUAACUGCUUGAGAAAAUUCUCUUCUGUGAGUAAUGGGCUUCAUUAGAAGAACCCAAACGUGAUGAAUUGGAGCAUCACCACUGCAUUUUGUCUUAUCUUAGCUGCAUAAUUGUGCUUCCAGUGUGUUGUAGUUGGUUACAUAAAGAGGGGCUUAGUUGAAGAAAGCCAUAAACCCUUUUGCCCAGGAUACAAACUAACAGUGACUCCAAAAAAUGUGAAGAAGCAGAAAUCAGAAAUAACACUUGCAUACAUUAGUUCUCCUGGUCAUUGUAAUUCCAUAAUGUGGAAUUCCAGUUAAUCACAUUCUGAUUUUGAAACACAUUUUCUGAGAGAUUUCAAGGAAAAGAACAGUUUAAAAACAAAAACCAAAGACAUUCCAGAACAGUCUAAUUAUUUGCACAUCAAAUUCCUCUGGAAUGUGCAGUGCAGUUUAAGCUCUUAAAUCCAUUAGAUAGUUCUGAAAAGUUCUUCUUUUAAUCUACAAGGUAUAGAUUAAAAUGUCUGCAUUCAUUGUGUCAGCCUGCUCUAGGCUAUUCCAAGAAAAAAAAAAUCCCAAAGUCUUAUCUCCAACAAAAUCACCUCCAGAAUUUCUCUGGCUCCAUCUUUUCUUGUUUGCUGCAUAGUCUUCACUUCUAUGAUGGCUGGGGGUCCUGUUGCUUCCUAGCUGACUCUCUCUGGUUUGCUUUCAUUUGUGACUUGUUUAGUUUUUCAGGUGCCACUGCAUCACUAUUCUGUAAAUCACCUACUGACCUCUGCAUGGUCCUCUUUCGCCUCACCAGCUUUCUUGGAAGCUGAAGCCAAAGCUGUGGGAUUUUUCCUUAAGUAUUAGUGACCCAGGUUGAAGAGAGUUCUUUCUUUCUCAGUUCCCCCUCGGCCCCACGUUGUUGUAAAUGGGUAAUGAGAUUGAUUUAUUUAUUUAAAAAAAAAAAUUAAACUUGUCCUAGGGCACUGUGGGUUCUUUCCCCACUCCCUCGUUCUGCUGCCUUCCAUGCUGUACUCACAGGCCUGGCCUGAGGGGGUUCAGUGUGUGUGUUGGAAGUGUUUCAGCAUUAUGGUUGCAGGGUCAGUGCUUGUUCUGCUUCUCACCUCUUCUGCAAGAACUGCAUGUGAGCAAAAGGAAACUUUGAUCAGCUGACUUUUAGUGGUUCAGAAACAACUGCUAAAAUGCAGACGCUAUCUAAUCUUUCUUUUUUUUUUUUUUUUUUGAGGACUUUUAAAAAAGGAAUUAGAUUAUUUAACUUUUUUAAAAAUAAAGAGUUCUGCAGAUCAGUGCUCAAGGCAGUAAAUUGCUACCUGUAAAUUCCCUUCCUUUGUUUGUAUUCUAAACUAAGAAUCCUUAUUUGCUGGGUAGAAGGGAUUUCUUUUGAGAUUGUUAAUUUUUCACUGGUGUUUUCAGCAAAUGGACAAAAUCACUGCAGUUUCAUCCCAGCAGGUCUGUUAAGCUUUAUGAGGAUUUUAAAAUGUCGACUGCUCAUAGAAGCAUCUGUAAAUUAGAGGAAGGAGAGGAUUUUCCUCCUAAGUUUUAGUAGAGCUUAUGUUCUACAUCCAGUUGGAUAAAGUCAGCCUUUGAAAUCUGGAGUUGUGUGGAAUUCUUGCUGAAAGGUCAGAGCUGUGUUUGUGCAGUAUCCUCUCACCAAUGGGAAAUGUCUGUCAGGCCCCCCAAAAGGAAGAGGUGGAUGAAUGCAGUGACCCUGGCUUAGAAUGUAAAAAUGCAGAUCAUACGUGUACCUUUGCAUUGCUUUAUUUCUGAGUGGGAUCAGACUUGCAGCUGUGUCUCAGAUGUAAUAGCAGUAGAUUGUCUGGCAGCCAGCACAAAAAACUUGGUGGGAAUUCCUCUUCCUGCUUUCAAAAUGCAGAACCUGUGAUUUAGCUUGAAAAUGUUGAUCUUUUGAGAUGAAUCACAUCUGUGUGCAUAAGCUCUUCAGCCAAAUGCUUCUCUAAUAAGCUUCUUCCCUCCAGUUAGAUAAUGUGUUAUCCUGUUUUUCACCAACGAUACAUCCUUCCCAAAAAAACUCUCUGCUCGUGGUCCAAGCUGUGGUCCUGCCUGUAGGUCCCUGGAGGACAACAGCAUUAUGCUGCUCUUUCCAAGAACAAGGAAGUGCAUUAUGAUCUGGUUUUCCCCAUUCAGGUGGGUGUGUGACUGGAGCAGUCCUUCUUUGGUACAUUGGCUCAGCAUCAGUUCCAAAUGAAGUGCCUUGGCAGAUCUAUUCCAAAGACUGCAGGUGGUGGCUCAGUGAUACCAAAGUGAAUUUCCAGUCUCCUACUAGAUGCUUCAAACUGUGAAUGCCACAUUUCCAAUUAUGUAGCUUUGGAAUGUGUUUUUAAGCUGUUCUCUAUUGCAAGGAAUUGUUCCAGCAUUUUCAACCUGCUUUUUUUUUUUUUUGUGUGUGUGUGUGUGUGUGUGUUUGGUUUAGUUUUUGUUUAUUUUGUUUUUGCAACCUACCUAUAAAGUGAGCACUUUGUCUUCAAAAAUUUGUAGUUAUUCUCUUUUAUCUUUGGCCAUUUUUGGAUGCUGUCUGGGUUAGUCUCAAUAAACAUACACAUGGUUAGUAUUAAUUGGA